AUGAUUACCGCUUGGAUCACUGAUCUAUUUGCUUGCAUGGGUGGUUGUUUUGGAUGCUGUGUGAAACCCACACCAAUUAUUGCCGUUGAUGAGCCUGCCAAAGGACUAAGAAUUCAGGGGCAGAGUAUGAGAAAACCUACCACUUCGGAUGGAUUCUGGAGUUCAAGUCCUUGUGAUUUGGAUAACAGCACCAUUCAAUCUCAACGAAGUAUAUCUUCUGUCAGUACAUUAAAUCAAAUUCUCUAUCAAAGCAAUGGAACUUCUACUGCAGGCACCGACCCCGAAUUUGUAAACCAAGGUCUUCGCCAUUGGAAUGAAAGCAGGCAUCAGUGGGUUGGACACAGCCUAUCUGAGAAGCAAAGCCAAGAAAAACAAGAAUCGCGAUUAAAUCGGAACGCAACUUAUGAAAGUUUGCUUGGGACUAGACAACCUUUCCCGAAGUCCGUACCUCUAUCAGAAAUGGUUGAAUUCCUGGUGGAUGUUUGGGAGCGCGAAGGAAUGUAUGGUUGA